GCUUCUGUUGGAUCAGUCGCAUCUCGCUAUUCGUGCAGGCGGUUGUGUAGUACACGUCGAUUUCUGUAAUACGUAUACAAAGCAUAACCCGAAGAAUAAAACGAUGUGCUAUUAUCAAAAAAACUGAAAAAGAAGAGUGAAAGAAAAAAAGGGUUGGAAGGGUGAAAGAAAGGGAUAAGGCAGGGAAGAAUCAACGAAGGAAUAAGAGGAAGAGAGAAAAAAUAGAGGAGCAUAAAGAAUCAAAGCUUCUCGUCGACUUAACGCGAAAGAUCGUGUAUCUUUAGUACAUAGCGUUGAAACGCACGGUAUCUCUCAUAACCGGCACAUCACGACGCGCGCACCGGCAAUCGCCUUUGUCUUAUUACCACACUACGUAAAUUCCGAGGACGGAGGGUGGGAGUGAGAGAAUAAACGAGGGAGGCAAAGAGAGAUAGUAGAUGGAUGCGAGCUUCUCGACUCUUUCGUGAUACCAUGAUUUGUCAGCCAUGGCGUCUCUGGUUGUAAGAAAAAAAUAACACCCAACAUGUCAGAUGACAAUUCACCUGUUGUUGAGGAACAGAAAAAAAAACGGGGGCGACCAGCGAAAACAGAUAAGAAUACUGUUAAAGAACCCAAAAAGAGAGGAAGGCCAACUUCAGAUAAAUACAAUGCAGUACGUGCAUCAAAAUCUGAUAAUGAGGAUGAUGCUCCACCAGGACCUGUUAAAAAGGGUAGGGGUAGACCUAAAGGAUCACACAAGAAGAAACAAGGUACACCAAAAGGUAUAGCUCCUUCAGGCCGAGGACGCGGUAGACCAAAAAAAGUAGAAGAAAAACCUGAAAGUACUGGAGAAGAAGAAGAUGAACAAGAAGAGGAAGAAGAAGAAGAAGAAAAUUGAAUAUAUGGAGUUUGUUUUUAAAGCAUUUUGGCUAAUUAUUCACUUUGUGUUAUAAUUAUUUUGUAUAUUAUGCAAAUAUCAAAAAUUGACUUUAGUGAAGAUUGUCACUAAUUUCGUAAAAAGAAUUAUAAAUAUUAACAAUUAUUUGAAAUAUUAAUAUAUUUGGCAUAUUUCACAUUUUGGAGAAGUGAUCAUAAAAAUAUUUAUAAAGUAAUAUAAUUUUACUACAAAAAAAAAUUAAAAAAACAUUUUAUAUCAUGUAUUUGUAACAUGUAUGAGAAAAAAGAAGAUUAUAAAAUCUUCGAAUUUUCAUGAAGAUAUUUGUUUCAUAAAUGAAUUAACUAAAUUGCUAAAUGCAUUUAAACAUUUUGUAUUUUAUAAGAUACAUUGUAUGGUCUUUCUGGCAUCACUUUUCCACUACCUCCUGUACUUCUAUAUCGUAUGCUACAAUUCUAUAACACAAGAUGAUGUAUCAUUAUAAGAGAUAGAACACAAACAAGGGAAUCUUAGCAUUUUUGAAACAAACAUAUGUGUGAAUGUCAAAUUUGUAUUAAAGUAAAUAAAUUCAUGAAAUACUCUUAUUAUUUUUAUCUUAAAGUCA